AGUUUUCCCAUAUACCGUUCAUCUUCGUUCUCUCUCGACCCAGCGGCAGCGGCAACGGCGAUAGAGACUCGGCAACGGCGGUAAAGGGGGCCAAGCUCUUCCAUUCGAGGUUUUCAUCUUGUUUUUCGUUUUUCUAUAGCCAAGCACCUCCUUCAUUUUCUUUUUCGUUCUUUUGGCCAUUCGAACGCCCUCCCCAUCCCCUAUUUUUUUUUUCUUCACCGCCACCGCCGCUGCAACUCUAGGGCGGCGGUUCAAUCUGUCAAUCUCGCUCUCCUCCGAUCUUUCGUCCAUCACCUUCUUCUUCUGCUUCUCUUCAUUCUGACCACCGCUGCCGCAACUUUUAGCAGCGGCAGCUCCCCCUGUUUCUUUUUUUUUCUUUACCGCCACCGCUGCAACUUCCGGCAGCGGCGCUAUUCUCUCCCCCAUACAUUUCUUUCGCUCUCCUCUCUCUCUCUCUAUCUCUCCCCCCUUCUCUUUCUCACUAAACCACUCCUGAUUCCCCUGUUCGCCAUAGCCUUGGACUGUCAGGAAAAUCCCUCUCGUUUUUCUUCAUAUUCUCGACCACCCAACGUUUCUCCAACCCCUUGCUUUGCCACCGGACUGGGUCUACUUCGGCGAACUCUUCAUCGGUCCAUCAACUGUCCUGCAAAGCUAGAAGGAGCUACCGAAAUACAGGUCAUCUCCCCCAUUUUAGCUGAAGGGAAAGAUUCUGAAGCACCAAUCCUCCAUACGAAGCAGCUGAUCUCUCCAUUCUUAGGCUAUACUUCAGACAAGAGGUAGCCAGCAUCAAACAAUGGAAACUUUAAUUUCUCAAAAUGUCCUUCCUAAAGACCAAGUGGCCAAGGUUAAAAGGGAGAACAUUGAUGAGUUUCUACUUCUGGAAGGAAGUGAAGAAACUGAAUCUAGAGAAGGAUUGAAAUUGGUUGGAGCAAAGACUAAGAAGAGAAAGAAAGAGCACAAGGAAGAGGAAAAGCAAAUAGAAAUUGAACAGGAAAAGGAAAUGAAGAGGUUGGAGAGCUUCUUGUUUGGUUCUCUCUACUCUCCAGUUGAGUUUGGAAAGGAAAAUGAGGAAGAGGUGAGAGAUGUGGUUGGUGGGGGUCCUGCCAUGUUCUUCACUGACCGGUCUGCAGAUGGGGUAAUGUCAGUGUAUGAAGAGGAUGCAGAAUUUCAAGAAGAGAGUGAUGCUAAAAAGAAAAUGAGGGAGAGGAAACCUGUAUGGGUGGACGAAGAGGAGGAAAGAACUAGAAUAGAUAUAUCCAAAGUCAACAGAUUGAGGAAGUUGAGGAAGGAAGAUGAUGAAAGCUUAGUUUCAGGCUCAGAUUAUGUAUCGAGAUUGAGGGCACAGCACAUUAAAUUGAACCCAGGAACAGAAUGGGCUGAACUUGGCCGAUCAUCAAGUAAAUAUAGUCCAGAUGAGGAAUCAGAUGAAGAGAGUGGUGCUGUGGUGGUCCCUGAAUACCAGGAUAUUGAAGCUGAUAAUGAUAUCCUUCGGACAAAUGAAGAUCUUGUUGUGAAGAGUAGUUCAAGGUUGUUACCUGGAAUUCUUGAACAUUCUAGACUGGUAGAUGCAAAUGCCACUGAACCCUCCAAUGGUCCAAUAAAUUCAGUCCAAUUCCAUAGAAAUGCGCAGUUGUUGCUUGCUGCUGGGUUAGAUCGAAGGCUGAGAUUUUUCCAGAUUGAUGGUAAAAGGAACCCCAAGGUACAGAGCAUCUUUCUUGAGGAUUGUCCCAUUCGCAAGGCCUGUUUUUUACCAGAUGGAUCCCAGGUUAUUGCAGGGGGAAGAAGAAAGUUCUUUUACAGCUUUGAUUUAGUGAAAGCAAAGGUUGAUAAGAUAGGUCCUUUAACAGGUAGGGAGGAGAAAAGCUUGGAAGUUUUUGAGGUCUCUCCUGACUCUAGUACCAUUGCUUUUGUGGGUAAUGAAGGCUACAUUUUGUUGGUUUCAUCAAAAACAAAGGAUCUGAUUGGAACACUGAAGAUGAAUGGGACUGCUCGAUCUUUGGCUUUUGCUAAUGAUGGAAAACAUUUAUUGAGCUCAGGAGGAGAUGGACAUGUCUACCACUGGGACUUGAGGACUAGAAGGUGUUUCCAUAAGGCUGUUGAUGAUGGUUGCAUAAAUGGUACAGCCCUCUGUACAUCUCCAGAUGGAAGUUUGUUUGCAGCAGGUUCUGAUAGUGGGAUUGUGAAUAUUUACAACAGAGAAGACUUUCUAGGUGGCAAGAGAAAACCAAUUAAGACAGUUGAGAAUCUAACCACCAAAGUCGACUUCUUGAAAUUUAAUCAUGAUGCUCAAAUCUUGGCUGUUUGUUCAAACAUGCAGAAGAACAGCUUAAAGCUAUUACACAUUCCAUCUUUCACUGUAUUCUCAAAUUGGCCCCCUGCAAAUCGGGUUCUGGAGUAUCCUCGAUGUUUGGAUUUCAGUCCUGGUGGGGGUUUCAUGGCAUUGGGAAAUGCUGCUGGAAAAGUGUUCUUGUACAAGUUGCAUCAUUAUGAACAUGCAUAGAGUGAUGAGAUUAAUCCCAUCCAUCACUGCUAUCAUUUACUCUACUUGGGUAGCCUUCCUUAUAUAUGAGAAGCAUUACAUGUCCGGAUUCCAGAGUUAAUACGACCAUUUCCCGUUUCAAUUCUUUGUAGGAUGUUGGAUGAUGUUACGUGGAAUCUGAUGUCUUGGUACAAUUUUAUCUAAAUUUUGUUUAGUCAAUUAUUGCUUGUUCAAGUUUUGUUCUUUCUUCACAAGUUUGUCUUAUUUUUCAAAUUAUUUUUGACUUGGAUGCAUCUUGUUUGUGGGAAACACAUUUUGGUUCAGACAGUGUAUGGGUUGUCAAGGAAUCAGCUGGUUUUAGCGAGUC